AGAAAGAGGGGACGGGGGGGGAGGGGGAGGUAGGAAGGAGGUGCCCAAGGUUUGUGUAUGUGGUCCUCGCGCCGGAGCUCCUUCUUCUUUAUGGCCACGUUGUUACUGGACUUGUUGUUUAUUUUGAAUUACGUCCCUCCCGAUUCUCUGCUUCGAGACCUCUGCGGAGUAUCCUUUCCCGUGCCGCGAGGACCCCUUUCACGCCAGUUCUUGGAGUUGUUGCAAUCACACUUAGGCCUGACUGACCCUGGUCGAUCACGUUGGCAUGGCGCAAUUCCUGCGGAUUACCAGUUUUUCGCGGCUCGUCACUCUUAGUCUCGCAUGGAAUCCUCUGGAAUUGUUUUUGUGACGAAUUUGUGGAAAAAAUUGCGGUCAAGUCUUCUUUUCCCGCCUAUGUGUCAAGAACGUGAGUACUCUCUUGCGGUGUUGGCUCGAGCUCAGGAGAGGCUGAAGAAGCGCCUAGCUGCUGGCGUUUAUGUUUCCUAAUUGGCGAAUGUUUUCUGUGUGGCUGAGGAGCAAGACGCGCGAUCAAAUAGUGAUAAGCACAUUCAGGGAACGCCUUAUCAUCUACGGUGUUUGCCUGACAUCCUGGUCCAUCCACAUGAAGCCUUAAAACGUCAACCUCUGCACGAAACAGAGCUAUCAUGAAAGUAGAGAUUAUGAUCUACCGUAAUUUUGUAUGCAGGCGCAAAGGGUUAGGAACCACAAAGUAGGAGCCAUGCGGGGGGGCAGUGAGGGACCGAAUUGGAUACUCCUUGCUGGAGGAGCCGCUGUUACAGCAUUGAGUUACGUCAUUGGACGAAGGCAGAAGCAUGGAUUUGAAGAUGUAGGAGACGUGCGUGAGGGAAAGUCGGGCAAGUUCGGGCUUGCGAAUCACAAUGAUAUUUUUGAGCCUGAACACGACGAUUUAGCAUCAUCAAAAACCUACUCGCAUCAAGAAUCAUUUGGUAGUGUAACUUCGAACGAACUUGACGACUCUACGCGUUCAGGGUUGCCGACAUCCCCAGCACGUGUGCACGGCACAAGCACACGAGGGCUUUGUGAUGCUUUUCAAGCAAGCAAUCAUCUGGAUAGGCGACAUUCGCAAAAUAUUUCACAAGAUGAUCCUACAGUUGAAUUCUCCAAGGAAGUGUUAUCUGAGGAAGAAAGAGAUUUUCAAAGGAGAAUUUCAAUCGCUCAGGAGGAUAUGCGACGUAGUUACCAGCAAGGAGUGCUGAUUGGUCGCUCAGCGAAUCGAAACAUGGUGCACAGAUUGCGGAAGCAACUGAGGAGUCGAGACGAGAUGAUUUUGAGUAUGCAGAACCAAAUAUCCGAGUAUGAUAGAAGCCUAUCUCAGUCUGAUGCUCAUAUGUCUGUGUUGCAAGCUCGUCUGGUGGAAAGCAGCAAGGUGAUUUCGGACUUCUACACGGAGGUCCAUCUUCUUCGGGCGCACUUAGCUGAUCUUUUCCAGUUUGGUGGAAGGAUAGAAGAUUACAAUCAGUUAGUAACUGAAGGUGCUGAACAGAUCGCCAAUUAUGGAGAUGAACACAGUGAUUUGAAUUCAACAUUGUUGGAGCUCAAGAUGUUUAGAGAGGAUUUGGAUCGAUUGAAAGAGGAGACAACUGCGAAAGAAAGUGCAAGGCAAGCUUUAUCUCAGGGUUACAAAGCCUUGCUUGAGAAGGUAGACCGACUUGAAUGUGCGUUAAAAGAGCAGGGAAUGCUCGUUUCUGAGAAGGAGAAUGAGCUAGACAUAAAUCGAAUGGAGCUUGCCAGAGUCAAUUCUAAAUUGCAAGAUAUUCACCAUCGGCUGCAAGCACAGGUCGAGGAGAUGGAAGCUUUGAGGCACUGCAAUGCAAAACUGGAGGCCUGUAUUCACAAGUUCAAUUUAAGAAGAUUUAGUCCUCGAGGCAUUCGCAGUAGUGAGGAGAUCACUUCUUCAACAAGCACUGAAGUUUCAGACAGUUCAAGUCACCCUCGUGAAGGCGGAGAAGACCUGGAACUUUCUGACUUAUGCUCUGAAGUUGAGUUGGACUUUACUGAGGACUACAAUUAUACUGCUGUAAGUGAUAGCAUGGUGGUAACCUUGCAGCAGGAAGUUGAGCAGCUUUCAACAGCUGUUUCUUCCCAAUCCAAAGUGGUGACUGAGCAAAAAGAAUUAACAACCAAUCUUGUUGAGGAUCUUCAGGUGAACGAGGUCAGCAUGAAGUUGACCGACACGGUGAAGAGUGAGCAAGUGGAUAAAGAGAUGGCCGAUAUAAAGAAAUACCAGGCCAAAAUUGAAGAACUUGGUCAGAAAGUAUCAAACCUCAGUCGGGACAGCACCGAUGAAGUCGGCACCGAGCAAAGCCUUCACGUAGCUGCUUUGUUACGUGGUCUUGCUGAAAAGCUCGCUGCGCAGGAAGAGCAGGCAAAACAGACAGCUGUGGGAGUUGAGCAACUAUCGACGUCGCUCCAGCAAUUGAAUCCUAGUCCUACAAAGAGUGAGGAAGUUGAGAUGCCGCUGGAGGGAGAGCCUGACUUAAAAGAUGUGCAUUCAAAUGAUGUUGGAAAUAUUAAAAACAAUUCCUCUAGCGCUCAUGUCAAAUACGCAGAUGAGGAUAGCAAUGUAAUUAUCAGCAGCAAUAAUGCGAAUGAUACUCACGUGGAGUAUCAAGCUUUGGAGAGUAGACCUGUCCCUACUGAAGUAGAGAAUACCGGUCAUAUAACAUGGGACGUGCAGCAGAAGUACAGGUAUUUCCCCUAUGAGGUAGAGCAAGUGAUGGCAGCUAAUACUCCAGAUAACGAGACUGUGGAAUUUUUGCCCAUACUAGAAGAGUUCUCUCCACUCGUGCGACAAGCAAGAAGCCCUCGACUGGGCACUGGAAGCUCUAGGAGAUACUUGUUUAAUUCAGGUACUACUGAUGAGAGUGGCCAAGCAAAUAGUUUGGAGGCUUCCAGUGGAUAUUUGGUGACUACUGCGGAGAGUCCUCUAGGAGUGCAAUCAAGCACAGAGAGCCCUUUGUUGAUAGAUCGUUCCGAUGCAGCUUCAACUUCUCCAGUCUCCCAAAUGCUUUCACAAUUGGAUUUUAAGUCAGAGUUUCCUGAAACUUCUAGCUUGCAAGAAGCUUCAGUGGAAGUAUUGCUGCCCGACUCUCCUAAGGAAAUGGUCGAAGAUGAAGAAGGUUUAUUUGAGGAAGUCUAUACUCCAAGAGCGGCCAGAUCAAUCGAGUCAGAAGCCAACAAUUCAAGUGAGGAGGAGACGAUUGGGGCUGCGCCUAUUGACGAGUCCGAAACCAAUACUCCAAGUGCGGACGGGAUCAUGGAGGCAGAGCAUGUUGAUGAUUCAAUUUCUGAGUCAGGAUCUGAGUCAAGAGGCUCAAUCGACGCUGAAUUUGAUGAGAUACUGGAUGGAACCCUCGAAGAUCUGGUCAAAAUCUUCUCGACAUCUGUGACUCCCUCCGGCACACCUACAUCCAGUGUCCUCUCUCAGAAUAGUGGAUCAAAAAGAUUCCAAAAUUUUUGAAAAUUUCGAAAUCAUGUCUCUCUGUACGCUCGCACGGCUCGAUAUUUACGCGACAGAGGUAAUUCUCGUGCUGAGCAACUCAUCUCAGAAAUCUGCAGCACUGUACAAGUAGGGGCACAAAUUGUGAAGAUUCAAAGCCAGCAGACGACCUGUUCAGUUCAUUGAUUAUAUUCUGGAGUUGUAUUAUGAAGUUGACGUCAUCCUCUGACACAUGAUACUUGUGCAUAAUAGUGCAAAGUCCGUUCUAAAAUUUGUGCGAGUAGAGUACUCUGUACUAGACAAACCAAGAGGUUUCCCCAAAUCUUUGGUGUCUUUAUUUGAUGUCUUUCUGGAAAGUGAGUAAAUCUUGAUGGGGAAUGCAUGCUGAACGCCCUGUGUAAAUUUUUAAUUUUAAGAAAAUCUUUUUUCCAUUCCA